ACGACGACAGCCAGCGAUUUGUCAAAAGUGACUCGUCGACGCAUCGAUCCAUACGACAGCACACCCCUGCCAGGCCGGUCAUAAGAUGCUCUACGUCUUGGACUAUGGCGCAGGCAACAUCAGGAGCUUGACAAACGCCAUCGAACGGCUAGGCUUCGAGUUCAGAUGGGUCAAGACGCCAGACGAUAUCGCUCGUGCAGAUAAACUGCUCUUUCCGGGCGUGGGCUCAUUCGGCCCGGCCAUGGAGAGACUCAGACGACAGGGAUUUGCAGAACCGCUCAAAGAGUUUAUACGGUCUGGCAAACCUUACAUGGGCAUCUGCAUAGGCAUGCAAUGUCUCUUUGAGAGCUCAGAAGAAGCGCCCGGGACAGAGGGCUUGGGCAUCAUACCUGCGCAAGUCAAAGAGUUCGAUCGCAAGGGCAAGAGCGUGCCUCACAUGGGCUGGAAUGGAGCAAUCGUCGUGCAAGACACUCUGAGCGACGACGCGGAGGCUCACCAGUAUGGGCUGCAGGAUACGGGGAGCUACUACUAUGUGCAUUGCUUUCGAGCGAGCUGGGAAGAGACGCUCAGUCUCGCACCUGAUUGGCCUCUCGCUGUGUCGCGCUACGGCAAGGAGGAUUUCGUCGCUGCUGUCCACAAAGACAAUGUAUUUGCAACACAAUUCCACCCAGAGAAGAGCGGCGCAGCAGGCCUCAAUGUGCUUCACGCUUGGCUCAGUCAAAGCGGUGUUGCAGAAGCGACCAGUGCAUCAACGUCGCGUUCGAGUCGAGCCGGACCAAGUCUCGAAGCGCGAUUAGCGAGCAACGGAUUCAGCAAACGUAUCAUAGCAUGUCUAGAUGUACGCAGUAACGACCAAGGCGAUCUCGUCGUCACAAAGGGCGAUCAGUACGACGUAAGAGAAGCCGAAGAAACUUCCAAGACUGCCCGCGGUGGAGCAGUACGCAACCUCGGCAAGCCCGUCGAUCUCGCGCAACGCUACUAUGCAGAAGGAGCGGACGAGAUCUGUUUCCUCAACAUCACAUCUUUCCGUAGCUGUCCGCUCAACGAUCAACCCAUGCUCGACGUCGUCCGUCGAUCUGCCGAGACUGUCUUUGUGCCUCUGACGAUAGGCGGCGGCAUACGAGAUACGACCGAUCCAGAUGGCACUUUCACUAGCGCACUAGACGUAGCCGGGCUAUACUUUCGACAUGGCGCUGACAAAGUGAGCAUUGGCUCGGAUGCCGUCACGGCAGUGCAGGAGCUGCUCGCUUCCGGCAAGCGAAAGACGGGCAAGACUGCCAUCGAAACAAUCUCGCAACGCUAUGGCCGUCAAGCUGUCGUCGUGUCUAUCGACCCCCGACGAGUCUACGUCAACACUGUAACAGAAGCGCCAGAAAUUCAUCAGGCUUGCGUCGUGCCAGUCGAUGCCAACGAUGCACGCGAUAGGGGUCCGGAGGGGCAAAGGUACUGCUGGUAUGCUUGCACGAUCAAAGGCGGCAGAGAAACAGCAGAUCUCGAUGUCGUCCAGCUCGCGCAGGGAUCAGAACUCCUCGGCGCAGGCGAGCUCCUCAUCAAUUCUGUCGAUCGUGAUGGCUCCAAACGAGGCUUCGACAAGGCUUUGAUCGGUCUCAUUCGACGAAGCGUCAGCAUACCCAUUGUAGCAUCAUCAGGCGCAGGAUCAGUCGAGCAUUUCUCAGACGUCUUCAGCAUCGAUUCUGCAGAGGGUCAGGUCGAAGCAGCACUCGCUGCAGGUAUCUUUCAUCGGAAGGAGGUACCUAUAGCGGACGUCAAGUCUCAUCUGCGUACUGCCGGUAUCCCCGCGCGUAACGAGCUACAGCCAAGCGCAUAGAUUGCAUUAGACCUACUUGUUGCUUGGAAUAUUUUCAGUCAUGCCUCAACAUGAGCGGCUUGCGAAUCUGUCCUGACCUCAAUCGGUACCUGCCUCGGUGAAAGGAGUACGAGAGCAAAGAGCAAAGAACGCUCGCUCUAUCAUUGCCAGUCACGUCGAGCGACUCGCGUGCGACUCACCGAGGCCGCCCCCGACCUUGACGCGCCAAGCUUCACGACAAGUCUGCCUUUCGCUUUCCUGCAGCUGACUCUCUAGCACGCGAUAUCUCCUUACGUGAACGAAACCGAUGCGGUUCAGCGCAGACGACGUUGCCUUCAGCGAUCCAGCAGGACCCGACGAGACCGAAGAGAGCGAAGCGUCCUGGAUCGAACGUCUCAGAGAACGCCUCGCUCGCUCAUCUCAGGCAACGCAGAGCUACCUCGAUCGCUACGCUAGUGAUCACCAUCUUCUCGUGGCUCGAC